AUGCAGAACAGAAUGAUCCAACCUGUGAAAUUACUCUGUCUGCUGUGUGUGUUCUUUAGCAAACCAGGACAUGCAGAUGAAUCGAGAGGGUCGUGCCUGAAUUCUGACGGCAGCGCAAAGUGCUGCGUUGGUCGGAAAGUAGACUGCUUGGGGCAGAAAUCACUGUAUGCAUCACGUUAUCCUUCCAACGUCGAUUCACUAAGAAGCCCCGAUGGUAACACGCGGCCUUGUCAUUGCGAUGAACAUUGCCUUCUUACGGAGGACUGUUGCCCGGACUACCGGCAGGUCUGCAAUAAACCAAGUAAGUCAGCUUUUAAUGUGCAGGUUUAAUAUUCCAAUUAUAUAUCCUCUGUAGCACAUAAGUUCUGAUGGCUUUCUGAAUCAAUUACGCGAAAGUAAGCUGCCCCGUUUGAGGCAAUAAACAUAGAAUUGACUUUAAAGAAAACUCUGAGACAAUGCGCGACCAUGUGUCAUGUCGGGUUUCAACGGCUAGGAGAGGUGUACUAUAUAUAAACAGUUGUUAACUAUCUGGUCACUUUUAGCAAAAAAUACUAUAAACUUAAUUUUACGUCUUAUUCUCAAGAAGAAUUUAAUUAAAUUGCAUACUCACUUUAUAAAAUGCCAGUCCUUCACCCAACACGCUGUGAUGUUAUUGCUUACGGUUUGCUAGAGAAUCCGAAACUGGAGGGAUUAGUAGUUCAAAAGCGACGAUUAUCCAGCACUGCUUAAUUUGAAUCUAGAAAUUCAGUGAAUUGUCACUGUUGUUUUCCCAAAGUUUACCAUUCUACUGUUAUCUUUCUUUCAUUAAGAGGCGUCCUUACAGAAAAGGAUAGAGAGUUGUUCACCAUCUGCAGACAGAAGCUAAACUAGCUUAUAAAUUGACUAAAAAACUGAUGCAUGCACUGUUAUAUACAAUCCGACCGUUUAACCCAUCUAUUCAGCAUCGUCUGGAAGUAAAAAUUUCUUUGCUGGAGGAGCCAGGGUAAAAUUCUGCGCUAAAUUAAGCCUUGUUGCCGUCUUCAGCCUCUGUGAUGCUCUCUCUGUAAUCCUGGCUAAGACGUUGUCCAAACUAAGAACUCUUACUUUUCGAGUAAGAGCCAUUAAAACACCAACCGCUUUCAUAUAUCUGGGAUGCCGCUGAGCCGAGCCAAAAUGCACAGCACUAAGGCGUGGAAUUGGAAGGUAGUUUUGCUUUAGCCGAAAGUCAUUAUUUUUGGCUGCGUGAAAUCUCUAGUCUUUGGAGUCUGCCGUUAGAACUGUUCUCAUUGUUAAAUUACGGCUUACAUCAAGUCAUUUAUUUUUACAGUAUCGGUUAAGACCAAAGUAGAAUUUUUAAACAGUCACAUUCUGUUUAUUUUAUUGUAUACAUAAAAAAUUCCUUCUAACAACUCUGAAUGUUGUACAAUUUGUUCAUGACCGUGAAAAACGUCUUAGGUAAAAUCUUAAAUAAAAAAUGGAAUGAAAUGCAGAUCAAAAAUGACAUAGAACGAAAAUUCAUUUAAUGUUUUCUAUGGAUAAAUACUCAGGUAGGUUUUCGCAAUUUGUACUGGUCUUGUCCAGUUCUGGUGACGGAAGAAAGACAUGCCUCAAAUUUGUUCCCUAAAAGAUUUUUAUAGGUGCCUAGUCUUUUGGGAUUUUCGUAAUUCCAAUUUUUAGAGUUCUAAAUAAAGCCUUCUGUUUGGGGCUGGUAGACAUCAUUUUGAAUCAGAAAUGCCUUUGCUUUGCAAAAAGGGCACACUGGAAGCGUUAGCUUCAUUAUCUGCCUUGAAUGAGUAUCUGAUUCUACGCUGACGACAUGCUUCGCAGCACACAUUUAUUACACUUGCCAAAUGUUCUGUAUUGUUGGAGACCUCAGGAAUGAACGAGGGUCUUUACACAGUAAUUCCUUACACUUCUGCUGCAGAAAUUGACUGCAGAGUUUCCGCCUGGACAAAGUGGAGCCCCUGCAGCAACGCCUGCGGCCCAGGCAAACAAAGGCGAUCACGAUUCAUAAUUGAAAUGCCAAGGAAUGGCGGUGGCCGAUGCCCGUUUCUAGAAGAGACCAGAAAGUGCGAUGGCGAAGACGGAAGCAUCUGUCGGUUUGUUCGUUCAGGGUCGCGCAUGCGUCGGCUAGAUGCCUCUACAGGUAAGCAAACUACUAUGUUCCUUUCGUACAAUAAAAGUCGAUUUCCUGUUUGAGCGACCAUGUAGCUGUGCAAUGCAUAUCUGCCCCCAGUACAAGUUGUUUAUCUUUUGCACUUGCAGACACUGUGUUUUCGUAUAAAGCAUUAGGUGGUGUAUUCGAAACUCACAAACAAGCCGUACGUCAAUUCCUAAGCGUUAUAAAAAGGACACGAGUAACUCUAUAGAUAAACAGACACACUGCUUUCAUAAUAUCUUUAAAGGCUGUCCAUAUAGGAUGCCUGUCUGAUGUUUGGGAGCAUGAAAAGUUGAAAUAACCCGUUAUUAUUUGCCGUCGAAAGCUAACAUUAGACUCUCAGCCUCGUUUUUGAACGCGAGACCUUUUAGCUUGCUUAUAAUGCCCAGACACUAUGUGAUUCUCCCGAACUCAAUCUUAAUAAAAAAAACCAAUAUCUCUUUCAUUUGCAGAGGUUGCAAAUCUCCUUCCAGUUCAAGGCGACAUUCAAAACAAGCUGAAGCUCUUCGAUAUGAGAUGGGACAUUCGUAGGAAAUUGUACUUGGUGCAACUUAUUCAACAGAAUCGGACGGAAGUUCCUGAUCCUGAACCGUAAGUACACUCACCGGCUGUCCUUUCUGAAAUUGAGCGUUAGCUGGCUUCACACCCUUAAAUGUUCUGUUAUUUUUUAAAGAUGCCCUCUGUGUUUACUUUAAAAUAACUAGACUAGAAAAAGCCGAAAUCUUCUUCAGUAGGGAAUGGAUGAAAGCGUUCAAUGAGGGGCCUGCUUAGUGCUUCUAACUUGGUUUGCUGAGAUGACUUCUUUCAAGUGUUUUCCAAAUUUACCUAGUAAGGAACCAGUCCAAAAGACAUUUCGAUGCAAAAAUUCAGGGGAAUUUUGCUGCAUGUUCAGUUAUAAAAGAAAAAGAACAAUUGCGUGCGUAAAUAUGAAACUGCUUCGGAUGCAAUGUAGCCGACGAUGUAAAAUAAAUGAAUGUAUUUUAUGACUGUGGUUAUCCCCUACGGAAACAGCUCUAAAACAAAAUAAGGUAUAUGGGGUUGCUCGAAAAAAUACAGAAUACUUACAAAUUACUAAAGUGCGCUUUUAAUGGGUCUGCCCACAGCUCCGUCAAACAGCAACAUUGUUUAUGGAAUUUGUGCAUUUAAUAGGUCAAGGCGAGUCAUACAUGCCCUCCUUAAUCAUUCAAGCAUCAGAACUUUGCAAAAAAACCAUCUGAACAGGGCCGACUAUGUUCAUACACUGCCAACACAUCUUAAAACACAAUUACUCGUCACAUUACUUUAGCUAUUGCUCACUGACCUAUUAACGGGCACAUUUAUAUAUCAGUUCUGACCUCGGAUUGCGGGGUUUGCCGAGGGCAGUUAGUGCUUGCAGUCUGCCGCAGGCCUUUCAGCUGUCGACUCCACACAGAACAUUAUUACACUAUGAGGAAAGGGCUCCGAUUUUUGGAGCAAGGGUUGUAUUCAUCGGACGUUCAGGAUUCCCACUCGAACUGAUCAUCAGGAACAGCCUCUGAUAAUGAGUUCGGCUUAGAAUAAAAAAACCGAUCUACUAUUGGCUAGAGCCUACCUUAGAAUUAUCGGGAAGUCGAAGAAAUAAUAGUCAUUUUAAACUCUUAUUUACAUUUCCCCUCUUCAUGAGACGUUUUUGUCUUCUUCUGCAAUUAAGGUACUGCGUCAUGUACAGGAUCGUUAACGCCAACCCCUCUUGCCAAGCGAGGAAUCCGACCUGGAGUUUCGCACAAGAGGACGAUACCUGGACGGAUCGUCGUAGAAGAAGGUCGCUGUGGUCCAGAGACUGGCGAUCAAACAGGCGGAUGGCGACGACUUUCGAGGCCGGCAGGCAAAAUCAACCAACGCGGGGACUGGUGCAUCCUUGGCUUCAGGCUGCAGACCUCCUGCGCCCAGGACAGGAGAUCUGCGCUACCUGCUAUCCGCAGUACAUGCGCAAAGGCCUAGACAAUAGGUGCCCAGGAACAGGGUACCCGGGAUUAGUCAGCAAGUGGAGGGCUCUUCGCACCCAGGACUGCCGCGGAACCUUCCGCAUGAUUUCGAUGCCCCGAUCAGCGUGCACAUGCAGUGCCGGCCCUGCUUCAUUUGUUCUUACCUAG